AUGCGUGAGAUCGUUCAUGUUCAAGCUGGGCAGUGCGGAAACCAGAUUGGUUCUAAGGUAAUUUACUGCCCUUUACACUUUAUUUUUCUAGUUCUGGGAGGUCAUUUCUGAUGAGCAUGGAAUAGACCCAACUGGGACGUACCAUGGCGAUUCCGACCUGCAGUUGGAGCGCAUCAACGUUUACUUCAACGAAGCUACGGGAGGGAAGUAUGUGCCUAGGGCUGUCCUCGUGGAUCUUGAGCCUGGCACAAUGGACAGUGUUCGUGCUGGACCGUUUGGACAAUUGUUUCGCCCAGACAACUUUGUCUUCGGACAGAGCGGUGCCGGCAACAAUUGGGCAAAGGGUCAUUAUACCGAGGGUGCCGAGUUAGUUGACUCCGUCCUCGAUGUAGUGCGGAAGGAGGCUGAGUCCUGUGACUGCCUGCAGGGAUUUCAGCUGACACAUUCCCUCGGAGGAGGGACGGGUUCCGGCAUGGGGACGCUCCUUAUUUCAAAGAUCCGCGAGGAAUAUCCUGAUCGUAUUAUGACCACAUUCUCCGUUGUUCCGUCUCCCAAGGUAAUGCAUUGCACGUUCUAAAUUCGAUUUGAUUAGGUUUCUGAUACCGUUGUUGAACCGUACAAUGCCACCCUAUCUGUACAUCAACUGGUUGAGAACACGGACGAGACCUACUGCAUCGAUAACGAGGCUCUCUACGACAUAUGCUUCCGCACUUUGAAGCUUACAAACCCGACAUACAGCGACCUGAACCAUCUUGUGAGCGCGACGAUGUCUGGCGUCACGACCUGCUUCCGUUUUCCUGGUCAACUGAACGCUGAUCUGCGCAAACUAGCUGUGAACAUGGUCCCGUUCCCGCGCCUUCACUUCUUCAUGCCUGGCUUUGCGCCACUCACAAGUCGCGGGAGCCAGCAGUACCGUGCGUUGACUGUUUCCGAGCUGACACAACAGAUGUUUGACGCGAAGAACAUGAUGGCCGCUUGUGAUCCGCGCCAUGGUCGUUACCUCACCGUCGCUGCCAUAUUCCGUGGUCGCAUGUCAAUGAAGGAGGUUGAUGAGCAGAUGCUGAAUGUCCAGAACAAGAACUCAAGCUACUUUGUGGAGUGGAUUCCGAACAAUGUGAAGACGGCCGUUUGUGACAUCCCACCUCGCGGUUUGAAGAUGUCAGCUACGUUCGUUGGCAACAGCACUGCUAUCCAGGAGCUGUUCAAACGUGUGAGCGAGCAGUUUACCGCUAUGUUCCGCAGGAAGGCCUUCCUCCACUGGUAUACUGGUGAAGGCAUGGAUGAGAUGGAGUUCACCGAAGCAGAAUCGAACAUGAACGAUCUCGUGAGUGAGUAUCAGCAGUAUCAAGAUGCUACUGCUGAUGAUGAAGGUGAAUUCGAAGAGGAUGUCGACGAUGAAUAG